CCUUGUACUCCCUCGACGCAUCCAGGGGCAGUAGUCUUAAACCAUACUCUAAAUCUUCUUAUAAUUCCAGUUGUAAUAUUUUGCUGGCAUAUCAUGGCUUCUUCAAUGAGCUUGAAGCUGGCCUGUGCCAUGCUUGUAGCGAUGGUUGUUAGCGCACCACUAGCAGAAGCUGCCAUCACAUGUGGCCAGGUGUCAAGCAGCUUGGCACAAUGUAUAGGCUACCUCCAGAAAGGUGGGGCUUUGCCUCCAGCCUGCUGCAGUGGGUUGAAAUCACUUAAUUCUGCAGCCAAGACCACCCCUGACCGCCAAGGGGUCUGCAACUGUUUGAAAUCCUUGGCUGGUAAGAUCUCUGGCCUCAACUAUGGCUUGGCUGCUGGCCUCCCUUCAAAGUGUGGUGUAUCCAUUCCCUAUAAAAUCAGUCCUGCCACUGAUUGCAAAACUGUGAAGUGAAGAAUUGAAGCAGAUUAUAAAAGAGUGUUGUGAAGUAUAAUAAUAAGCUAGUGCUAGAAUAAAAGGGGUGCUCGAGCCUGUUCGAUCUAAUUCCCCGUUGAGGGAUUUAGAGUCUUUUCUUUCUUACGAGUUUGUGUUUACAUUAUUGUAUGCAUUAUGUGUCUACAAAAAACUCGAUCUAGAGUCUUUUCUUUCUUACGAGCCUGUUCGAUCUACUUCCCUCACUUUUUUAUAAAGGAGUGUUGUGAGAGUAUAUUUUGU